AACCGGGAUAGUGCGUAUAUUUUACAACUGUUUGUUAUUACUGAAGUGAAAUAUCAUUAACGUUCCAGGAGAUAUCUACGCUACAUUUGUAAUGACCGUAAUCGGCAUGGCAGCGACAACACCCGAACCCAGCCAAGAAAUGGCGGCUAACGAAGCGAUGAAACCAAUAAUCUUGCCAGUAGAGAGGAUUCAAGCGAUAGACGUGAGGGAAGAAGAUGUAUUUGUGAUAACUUAUGCCAAAUCAGGUACACAUUGGAUGUCUGAAAUCGUACAAACAAUCCAGCACGAUGGCAAAAUGGAUAUGGAUAUAUUUGAAAAAAGAGUCUUUAUAGAUCUAAAAGUGAUCGAGGAAAAUGAUGAUCCACGCUUAGUCGAUGCGAAAAAAGCUGAAGGCGCAUCUAAUACGAAGUUAGAAGAUAUUAAAUCGCCUCGUGUUUUAGUUAGUCACGUUAAACCUGAAUAUCUUCCAAAGCAACUGCACGAGAAGAAAAAUAAGAUAAUAUACGUGGCAAGAAAUCCAAAGGAUGUAGCCGUGUCUGGCUACAAAAUGACAUCUGCAAUGAAGUCAUUUAUUGAAAUGCCUCCAUUUGAAGUUCUUGCAGAAAGAUUUUUCGAAUUUACGCCAGUUGAUGCUCACGGUGUCUGGUCUGAGAGUGUGAUUCAUUGGUGGAAACGACGCAUGGACGAUAAUGUACUAUUCAUAAAAUAUGAAGACAUGAAACGGGACUUAAAAGGUGCAGUUAAGACCGUUGCUGCUUUCCUUGGAAAAGACUUAUCUCCUGACGUCAUUGAUAAAAUAACAGACCACUGUCAAAUAGAGAAUAUGAAAAAAAGUGCGAUUGCAAGAAAGGACUGGUUUUGUAAACAUUAUGAUAUGAAGGAAUCACCCUUUGUACGAAAAGGUAAAGUUGGUGGAUGGAAAGACCAUUUUACUGUUGCUUUAAAUCAGACUUUCACCAAAAAAUACGAAGAACUGAUGCAGGGCACAGGUCUGACGUUCGACUUUGAUUUAAAGAAGUAAUUACUAGUACUAGUAUUAUGCAGAAUGAUGGACGUCUCACUAGAAUGUAGAAUACUAGUAUCCAAAGUUUUUCAAUGAUAAUGAAUUUACUUUAAAUUGAUUAAUAAAUGGUUAGUUUUCC